AAGUCACAGGUAAACAAACAGACAGCCGCAGGGAGCAGUGCCAGUGUCAGUACUGGUGGGUGUGACAGAAGAGUGAGCAGCGCGGGACAGGCUGGUAAAGUUUCAAAGAUGUCUUCUCACAAGUUUGAGUUGCUGGAUGAGGAGGUAGAAGGUAUCAUGGAUCAAGUUACAGAUAAAUUACAAUUUGGCGCACCGCAGUGCAAAAGCCAUGAGGAGCGUAGAACAUUGUUGUCAGAAGUUGAGAGGCUUCUGAAGGAUGCUAAUGACUCACUUGUGGAGAUGGAUAUUGAAGUUAGAAAGGCUCCAGAAGACUACAGGACAACGAUGAAUAGCAAAAUACAUCGAUACCAAAAUGAGUUGAUAAGACACCAUCGUCAACUUGAGCAAGAACGGCUGACACUGUCUCAUAUUGGUGGUGGUGGUAGACCUCCUCUCUUUGCCACUGACCCCAGCACUAUUGAUGCAGCCAUUAGAAAACAGGUUCAGCAAGGAACUGCAGUUCUUGAGCGGACAUCAGCAAGCAUAGCACGAUCCACUGCCAUAGCUGUAGAAACAGAGCAGGUUGGCACAGAGGUCUUGGGAGAACUUGGCACCCAGAGAGAUACACUCACCCGCACAAGGGACAGGCUAAUCGAUACAGAAGGGGAACUGACUAGAAGUAAGAGAAUUAUUCGAACUUUAUCCCAUAAUGUUUUGUAUAACAAGAUACUGUUGGUUAUCAUCAUCUUAUUGGAAUGUGCAAUUUUAGGUGCUGUUAUUUACUGGAAAUUCUUCAUGAAAUGAAUCCACAAAGAUUAUUUGAAAUUCUUAAUUAUCCCUUGUCCUGGGACUAAAAUGGUAUGGUGUUUGAUUUAGCUUUGAGAAGUUGUUGUUGUUUUGGAUGUGGACAUGUUUUUAUGGGUAUGGAUUGUUUUGGCUGAGUGUCUGCAGAGUUAGCCAAAUAAAUAGAAACUGCACGAAUGAAUAACAUUUAUCACUCAAUUCCAUUCUAGCUUAGGGUAAAGCUCUAAUUUUGCUUUAAUUUGCAAGUUAAAUCAAUUUGCAUGUUUAAGUUUUGAAUAUUGUUGAGACAAAGUUGCCCUAUGAAUAUCUACAUUGCUGGUAGUCUCUAUAAGAAAGUGGCUAUGGCAGAGGUCUCCAUCCAUUCCUGUUCAUCUGAUUCAUCUUGUAUUUGUUAUAUUAUUGCUUCAUGUUCCUCACCUCGUAUAUUCUCUCACAUUUUUAAAGCACUCUUAUCUCUAGGUGCAUUUGAUCACCUUUACCAUGCUGCAAAUAACUGCCACUCUACAAUCAAGCAAUAUGUUUCUCUCUGUUGUUUGAAUUCUAGUACUAGUCAGGUGAUCAUAACUUUUGUUGUCAUGUUUUGAUUAUCAUAGAUUUACUGCUUUCUCUUCUAUAUAUUUUUUUUCUUACUUUCCAUAGUAACUGAUUUAUCAACAUGUAAUAUAUAUAUAAUCAACUAAUAAUAAUACAGACAAAGUCUGUGUAUAGUAUUUUUAUAUAGUAGUCCUGUUAUAAAAUAUGUAUGUUAAUUUAACUUAUGUACUGUGAUUUUUCUAUAAUACAAAUAUUGCAUUAAA